CGCCCAUUCUGCCGGCUGAGGUGAGCAGCCAUUGACCGCCCUGCGCCUCAGGCAUGAUGGCACAACCGAGCCAACCCAGCCACCCCAAGCUCCUCUCAGCAUCGAGCUCCAGGAGGGGGGUUGACUCAUUUGACUCACUGUGACCCUGUGAGGCAUUGUUUGCAGGGCGUUAGCGCGCCCAGUCCGGCGCGUCUACGGCACGAGCUUCGCUGGAGUCAUCCAAUCUAGGUAGCUCACAAUACCCUACCCGGCAGCUGUAACAUUAGGUUAGUUCCGUGCCUUGGCCGUAAUAGGUACCUAAGUAGGUAGCCAGUCCAGUCAGUUUAGACUACUCUCACCACCAUCAACCAUUGACCAAUGCUAUUGUCUGAUGUCCAAACCCACGCGACGUCAACAACGACGUACCCUUUGGGCAAUCUCGAGUCUCGACUCAUCAUUGACUCAGUCUCAAUACCGUGCUCCAAAAGCGGGUUCCGGACUCGGAAAUCCGACUGACAGCUAGCAACUCGGGCCUCGAAUCCUCUAACCUCAACGGACCUCAGGGUAGCUCGAGGUGGUUUCAACAGUCUUUUACCCAGCCGGAGGGUUUCUUUGCGAGAGCAAAGAUAUCAGACCAUCCGGCUUACCGGACUGCCGUCGCUGCUCGUCUUUGUCGUGUACCCUAUUUCUCCGUACCUUUGCCCCCGUUUCUUCGAUCCUUUUUCUUCCGCAUCAACUCAAAACUUUUAACGCCAACCUUGAUUGGCAUUGUUUGUACUCUGUUCACUACCUACGAUAAACCCAAAAAGAAAAACAUCCCGCCUUUUAUAACCUCGUGCCAUUGGGGACUGACUCUACAUUACCUUACAUCAAAUUUGAGUGCGGCUGCUUCCACGACGAAGCAGUCAACAACAAGGCGUGUCAUUGUGCCUACUAAUACCCACCACCUGACUCCUUAUCGAUCGGAUCUGAAGCCGCAGGACUCGGAGACUCGCCCGAAAAUUUUCGACCUGCCUGAUCCGCCGCGGAUCCUUCCCACCCAUUGGCACUGUUGGAACACACCAUACAGAGUCUGCACUCUGCAGGGCCAGCCAGGACCAAGGACCAGGGAGUCAUCAGUCUCACACACGCACGACUCACACGGCCCGAGUCACAAAGCCUAUCACUUAGAUCCACCCAACCGCCUCAAGAAGCUUAAGCCUGCGGCACACAAAGGAGACGCGAUAUCUCGGGAUUCGGCAUGUCGUCCCUCAGCCAGUUGAAGGGCACGCAGAGGCUGUCUUGGCCAUGCCGCCUCGAUUUGCCCAGCACGUCGCACCUUCGGCUUAGAACCCGCGGGUUGUCCCUGAUGCCUGCAGCAUUGUCCACUCAGAACUCACUGGAUCAACCUUCUGCAUCUCGCCGGUCACUGGUGAACCUUGGGGUAGACACGGGGCGGGGCCCAUCAGGCCGCCGGCCCUGCAGAGCGCUAAAUCCCGAGUUAGACCGCUGUCACUCACCCCUCACUGUCGCUGCUCCUGCUUACACCUAUCCCGCGCGCUUGACUUCGGCGUCCGUCCCGACAUCUUUAUCUUCCUCUUCCUCCCGUCAUCCCAAAUUCUACGCGUUUGGACACCUGCGAGAUCGAGCUGCAUCUCCGUUCAUUGCACGGACACUGGGCUCCUACGGCACAAUCUCCCCCAAUAGGUCCUUUGCGACAUCAUCUCCGGCAAUGGUCGCCAACAAGAUCGAUGGCACCGCCAUCGCCAAGCAGAUCCGGGAAUCUAUCGCCAGCGACAUUCUCGAGAAGCAGAAGCUGAACCCUAGGUUCCAGCCGCAGCUGACCAUUAUUCAAGUCGGCGACAGAUCGGACUCAAGCACCUACGUGCGCAUGAAGCAAAAGGCUGCAAAGGAGGCAAACGUCGACUGCGAGCUUAUCCAGUUUCCCGAGUCUAUUUCCGAGCCCGAACUUCUUGAUCGCAUCUACCGCCUCAAUGACGACCCCACUGUCCACGGUAUCUUGGUUCAAUUGCCCAUUCCCAAGCACCUCGAUGAGUACGUCAUCACAUCUGCCGUUGCAGACGAGAAGGAUGUCGACGGUUUCGGUACGAGGAACAUUGGCGAGCUCGCCAAAAAGGGCGGUCGCCCCUUCUUCAUCCCCUGCACUCCCAAGGGCGUCAUGGUCCUGUUGCAGGAGGCCGGCGUGGACCUGAAGGGCAAGAAUGCUGUCGUGCUUGGACGUAGUGACAUCGUCGGCAGCCCUGUGAGCUACCUCCUCCGUAACGCGGACGCCACUGUCACCGUAUGCCACUCCAAGACCGAGGGCUUGAAGGAGCAUCUCAAGGCUGCUGAUGUAGUCAUUGCGGCCAUUGGCCAGCCCGGCUUUGUCCAAGGCGACUGGCUCAAGCCCGGCGUUGUCGUUAUCGACGUCGGCACAAACUACAUCCCCGACGCCUCCAAGAAGUCGGGACAGCGUCUCGUCGGAGACGUUGACUACGAGUCGGCUUCCCAGGUUGCUUCUCACAUCACACCGGUCCCUGGCGGUGUUGGUCCCAUGACCGUUGCCAUGCUGCUGUCCAACGUUGUGGACUCUACUGUCAAGUCUUUUGAGAGACAAAAGCAGAGAAAGAUCUCGCCUCUGCCGUUGCAUCUCAAGGAGCCCGUCCCCUCUGAUAUCGAGGUCUCGAGAUCUCAAAACCCCAAGCAGAUCACUCGUCUGGCCAAGGAGGUCGGCAUUGCCUCCCACGAGCUCGAGCCGUACGGUGCCUACAAGGCCAAGGUUGAUCUCAGUCUCUUGAAGCGACUUGACCACCGCCGCAAUGGCAAGUAUGUUGUCGUCACGGGCAUCACUCCCACGCCGCUUGGCGAGGGCAAGUCCACCACCACAAUGGGCAUUGCGCAGGCUCUGGGUGCCCACCUUGGCCGCGUCACUUUCGCAAACGUCCGCCAGCCCAGUCAAGGCCCGACCUUCGGUAUCAAGGGCGGUGCCGCAGGUGGCGGCUACAGCCAGGUCAUUCCCAUGGACGAGUUCAACCUUCAUUUGACUGGAGACAUCCACGCCAUCACCGCGGCGAACAACCUUCUCGCUGCUGCGAUUGAGACCCGCAUGUUCCACGAAAACACUCAGAAGGACGGCCCCCUUUACAAGCGCCUCGUGCCCGCCAAGAACGGCAAGAGAGUGUUUGCGCCUGUCAUGGCGCCUCGCCUCAAGAAGCUUGGCAUCGAAAAGACCAACCCCGACGACCUGACCGAGGAGGAGAUCCGCCGCUUCGCCCGCCUGGAUAUCGAUCCCGAAACCAUCACAUGGAGACGUGUGCUGGACGUCAACGACCGUCACCUGCGGGGUAUCACUGUCGGCGCCGCGCCGACCGAAAAGGGCCACACCCGUGAGACUGGCUUCGACAUCUCGGUUGCCAGCGAGUGCAUGGCCAUUCUUGCUCUCAGCACUGACCUGGCGGAUAUGCGCAGACGUCUGGGAAGCAUGGUCGUUGCCAGCUCCAGGAGCGGCGACCCUGUCACCUGUGAUGACAUCGGCGCCGGCGGCGCUCUCACUGCCUUGAUGAGGGAUGCCAUCAAGCCCAACCUCAUGCAGACUCUGGAGGGCACUCCCGUGUUUGUCCACGCUGGGCCCUUUGCCAACAUCAGUGUCGGAAACAGCUCCAUCUUGGCCGACAAGAUGGCCCUCAAGAUUGUCGGUACCGAGCCCGAUGAGGAUCACGCUGAGAAGGCUGGUUUCGUCGUUACAGAGGCUGGUUUCGACUUCACCAUGGGUGGAGAGCGUUUCUUCAAUAUCAAGUGCCGCGCUUCUGGACUUGUGCCCGACGUCGUUGUCGUCGUCGCCACUGUUCGUGCUCUCAAGGUUCACGGCGGCGGCCCUCCGAUCGCGCCCGGUGCGCCCCUCAAUGCGGUCUACAAGCAGGAGAACGUCGAUAUUCUCCGCGCUGGCUGCGUCAACCUAAAGAAGCACAUUGAGAAUGCCAAGUCGUACGGCAUCCCUGUCGUUGUUGCCAUCAACAAGUUCGUCACGGACACUGACGCUGAAAUCGCCGUCAUCCGCGAGGAGGCCAUCGCCGCCGGUGCCGAGGACGCCAUUCUCUCCAACCACUGGGCCGAGGGCGGCAAGGGCGCUAUCGAGCUGGGCAAGGGCGUCAUCGCCGCCAGCGAGAAGCCCAAGGACUUCAAGCUGCUGUACGAUCUUGAGGGCUCUGUCCAGGAGCGUAUCGAGGCCAUUGGAAAGAAGAUGUAUGGCGCGGCUGCUGUCGAGUUCAGCGAACUCGCUCAGAAGAAGGUCGAUACCUACACCAAGCAGGGCUUCGGGAACCUCCCUAUCUGCGUCGCCAAGACGCAAUAUUCCCUGUCUCACGACCCUGACCUGAAGGGCGCUCCCACUGGCUUCACUGUCCCUAUCCGGGACGUCAGAAUGGCCGCUGGUGCAGGUUAUCUAUACGCUCUCGCCGCCGAUAUCCAGACCAUCCCCGGUCUGCCUACGGCUCCUGGUUACCUGAACGUUGACGUUGACACUGAGACCGGUGAGAUCGAUGGCCUGUUCUAAGCGAAGUUAGAAUUGCUUGCUAGGGGAGGUUUUUGAGGCGUCUUGAGACGAUAUUUCCUUUAUGUCUUUUAACGUUGGGAAACGGGGUGGCAAGCGGCAUUCCGGUGACAUUUAUUCAACAAAUGGCGCUGGGGAAUACAUGGGAAGAAAGACUAUAUAGCAUCUGUUCAACAAUGAUACCUCCUCUCGGGUUUAUAUAAACACCGAAAACACGAAUAGAAAGGUCUAUUCAAGACACAUGA